CCCUGUUCUGAUCUCAGAAACCUGAUGAAUUCUUCACUGGGCCUUUCCAGUCCCUUCCAGAACCUCGCCUCCGAAUCAGAGAGCGACAUUGUUCAGAAACUGAGGAAGGAACUCCAGCUGCUACUGGCAGAGCUGAAAGAUCGUGAUAAGGAGCUGAACAGCAUGGUGGCUGUGCAUCACAGGCAAUUUUUGGCUUGGGAGGACAAUCGUCAGAAAAUUCUGACCCUGGAAGAACGAAGCAGCAGGUUGGAAAAUGAGCUACAUAAGAGAAAUGAAAUGAUAACAACCCUGACGCAGAGAUUAAAGCUGCUUGGAUCCCUGCAGAAUGACUGCAGUUCGACGCUCGAAAACACUCAGCAGAAGUUGCAAGAAGUGUCUCAAAAAGCCUCCGACACAUCUCUUCAAUGUCAGACCCUCGAGGAGAAAAACCAAACCUUGGUUGGCUCCGUGAUGGACCUCUCAAACCAAGUGGGUCAGCUUCAAGCUAGAGAGCAAGAGCUUCUGACGCUUUUAAGACUCAAGGAUAAUGAUAUCUUUGAAGCAACCAAUCAGAUCACUGAGUUUGCCAGCAAAUUUAAAAAGUUAGAAAGUGCUCUGUGUGCCUCCAAGAUGGAAGAAAGGAGUUUCAACGAGGAGAAACAGAAUUUUAAACUCAGGCUGAAGGAAAUGAUGUUAGAAGCAAACAGACUGAAAGGGGAUCUCAGUGAAAAAACCAAAGAAAACAGCGCACAAAGGGAAGAAAUUAUACAGCUGAAGCAAGAAAACGUUUAUCUAAGUCAUGAAUUAAUGCUUACUGCCGAGAGGGUGAGUCGAAAAGAUCAGCUGCUUCUUUCCGCCAAAUCGAAACAGCUUCGGACGGACACGGAACUGAACAAUUUGAGGCAGAUCUACCUGAAGCAGCAACAGGACCUGCAGUUUCUGCAUUUCCACCUGGAAAGUUCCCAAGAAAGCAAAGAGAAACGCGGGACGGAAUCGCAAGAUGGAAGCCCAGGGAUGGUUUUGUCGGACCUCGAGACCAGCGGUGAGCGAGACUCCCUCUGCGGCGAAGUCAGCCGGAAGAUUCCCACGCAUUUCGUCCACCUUCCCGACUGUCCUUUGAAAAAGGCCGGCCACCCCUGCCGAGCCCAGAACAGGCAGCAAGAGCAGCGGACGGAGCACAUUCACGAAGGGCUGUUUUGCCAUCCCAGAUGCCUCCGUCGGGAAGAGGCGACGCCGAGCAGUCCCAGGAGUGCUGGGGAGAUGGAGGACCGCUCAGCCGCGCAGCUGGACGUUCCCCGAAAGUCCAGAUCCAGGGAGACGGUUUGGACGUCGGAGCUGAGCACGGUGACCCCUUUACCGAGACACAAACACUGGUUUGAAGCAAACUUCUGCGCAGCGUCCUCAGGCUGCCUGGCGCCCAGAUUCUUCGACAAAUCCGGCGGGGAUUGCAAAGAGGCUUCCCCAGAUCCGGCCAGAAUCCCCCCUCGGCAAAGAGCCUGCGUGCCCCCCCACCUGGGGAGCCACGCCUGCGAAUCAGGAUGCUCGGCCUGCAGCGCCGUCCGUAAAGCCAGCCUCUACCAGGGCCUCUCAAAGCAGGAGUGGACCGAGAUGCGCAAGCUGGCGGAGAAUGAUGGCAGUGGCUUAUGGGGCAGGGAGUCAUCCCCGAGCCCUCAGGAUGCUCCCGAGUUGAAAAGUGACCAGGACGGGACCCUGAACGGUUUUGACUGGGGUGCGCCCUGUUUCACAUCGACCCUGAGGUCAAAGGAGAUGAAGCCUGCUGAGAUGCCUUCAGCCCUGGAGCACCCUUCGGACUUUCGGGGAACCUUGGGCUGCUGCCAGCUUCCCACCCAUCGCGAUGCCCGCUCACCCGACGACCAGCUGCAGCAGAUGUGGGCCGAGACCCGGCAGAUGGUCACCCACCUUGAGCACCGCCACCUGCUCAGCGCCGGCCCUCGCUCCAGCCCGACCAGCAGCCUCCAUACAGUAGGGUUUUUUCGGCCUUUCCAACGGGGGGUCUGUAGGGUGAGGUCAAAAACAGAAAGAUGGCGGCCAUCACAGACCAAUUGA